GCUAAGAGGUAUGCUAGAGUUUGGUGUCCUUGGGCAACUGACGCACAGGUAGCUUAUAAAAGACAACUAGUCAAGAGCUUCAGACAUCACAGAGGAGCAAUCACACACAGAUACACAGAGAAAAGAAGCUGAAGCAGUACAGGUUCUUUAUACAACAGAUGCUUAAGAGAGUGAGGAUGUUGUGUCCUGCUUGGCUCCUGGUUUUGGCUGUGCUGUGUGCGGGUGGAUCUGAUGUUAAAGCCCAAUGCUGGGAAAACACCCACUGCAAAGACCUCAGCACUGAGGACAACAUCUUGGACUGCAUCCAGCUUUGCAAGUCUGAUCUCACAGAUGAGAGCCCUAUCUACCCUGGAGAAAGCCAUUUAAAGCCUCCCUCAGAGUCGGAGCAAAACCAGGCCCUCACACCCCUCUCCACCCUCAUCCUUACCCCUACUUCGGAGCAAACGGCCCCAGAGUCCGGACCCAGACGCGAGCGCUCGUACUCCAUGGAGCAUUUCCGCUGGGGCAAGCCAGUGGGACGCAAGCGCCGGCCCAUUAAAGUCUACACCAACGGCGUGGAGGAGGAAUCCGCAGAGACUCUCCCAGCUGAGAUGAGACGUGAGCUGGCCACCAAUGAAGUCGACUACCCCCUGGAGGACAGCAACUUCCUGAACCAGGAGAAGAAAGAUGGGUCCUACAAAAUGAACCAUUUUCGAUGGAGCAGCCCACCCGCUACCAAACGUUACGGGGGCUUCAUGAAAUCCUGGGACGAGCGCGGCCAGAAACCCCUUCUCACACUCUUCAAAAAUGUCAUCAACAAAGACCACCAGAAGAAGGACCAGUGAGGGUUUUUUUUUAGAAGAUCUGGGUAAAGGGGUAUUGUAGAAAAUGAUUUUUAAUAUACCUGUGAUACAUUUCUUCCCAGUACUUCUAGAUGAGAAGGCAUCUUAGUAGUAAAGGGGGGAGGGUGAUUAAAACCAACAGCACUUAAAUCUUUGCAUCAUAAGCUUUAGAGUUUAUUCACAGAAUCAACAAUAAAUUCUGAAUACUGUACAUAGAAAUGCUGUGGUGAUUAAAUACCAGCUCAAUGCGAAAAAAAUCAUUUUUAUCUUAUUUAUUGAAAUGUACUAUACUGUAAAUUUUGAAAAUGUGAUACAUAAACUCAUUGUUUCAAGCAGAAAA